AUCCCGCACUGGUUUUGACAACGUGUCACUUGUCGCUAUCGGCUGCUCCUGUUUGUGUGUUUUUGUUUGUUGAUCUCUUGCCGUUUUACAUUAAAGUAAGAGAUUACAGUUCAAUAUGUCACGUGAUACAUCUAAAAUCAUUCUUUUUGAUGUCGAUGGGACCCUUACUGCUGCUAGAAAAGUUAUCGAACCUGAUAUGGUUAGCUUUUUGGGGAAUUUGAUGCGUAAGUACCCAGUUGGUCUCGUUGGAGGAUCAGAUCUGGCCAAGAUUGAAGAACAGAUGGGUGGAAGAGAUAGACUCAAUAUGUUUGAUUUCGUCUUCGCAGAGAAUGGGCUUGUUGCAUUAGCCAAUGGAGAGAUCAUUGCUACAGAGAGUAUACAAAAGUUUAUGGGAGAGGACAAAAUACAAGAAUUAAUCAACUUCAGUCUUGGAUACCUCUCUGGUGUAAAACUACCACGCAAACGAGGUACAUUCAUUGAAUUCAGGAAUGGCAUGCUUAACAUCUGUCCAAUUGGUAGGAGUUGUUCUUAUGAAGAGAGGGGAGAAUUCAGCGAGUUUGACAAGCAACAUGGAGUAAGGACAACAAUGGUUGAAGCACUUCGCAAAGAGUUCACCAAGGAUGGUCUUGUGUUCUCUAUAGGAGGGCAGAUCAGUAUAGAUGCAUUCCCAACAGGAUGGGACAAGACUUACUGUCUUCGAUUCGUGGAAAAGGACUUCAAAGAAAUCUACUUCUUUGGUGACAAGACAUACAAGGGAGGCAAUGACCAUGAGAUAUUCGAAGACUCAAGAACAAAAGGCUUUACCGUGGUGAGUCCUGAGGACACCAAGAAACAAGUAUGCCAACUCUUUGGUAUAGAAUGAUGUCUUCACUUGUAAAUCAUAUUAGUGUGUAUACCUAAGAAUGUAACAUAUAUUUUUACAAGAUUUACAGAGUGGCUAAAACAGUUAGUGAACCCCACCAGAAAAUGAACGUAAAAGUUCUGCCUUGUUACAGAUAUUUUAAAGGGGAAUCCAGCCUAAGCCAUAAAAUAUUGU